AUGGCAGGAACACAGGCUUCGUACGUCAUCGUCGAUGUCUUCGCACAUCAAAGACUCAAAGGCAACCCACUCGCCAUCGUAGACAUCACCAGCCUACCCUUAACCCAAGAGCGCAAGCAACAAAUCGCCUUGGAAUUCAACCUCUCUGAAACCGUCUUUCUGCACAACGGAGGAUCAACCCAGAACAUUCGCGCCGAGAUCUUCACGCCCGUCAAUGAGAUGGAAUUCGCCGGCCACCCGGUCAUUGGCACCGGUCACCUGCUCUUUCGGAAGCUGUUGAAUCAGACUCAGCAUCCAGCCUCCGGUCCUCAUAUGCAGACUCUCGAGACAAGGGCCGGACCCGUCAAGAUAGAAUAUAAUCCCAAGAGUCAGAUCGUCUCUGCGCAAGUCCCGCAUAACGUACACAUCCACGCAACCGAGACGCCUCUCUCGGCGUUGAAGGCCAUUCAACCCUGUCUAGGCGCUACUUCAAGAUUGACUACUACUACUACCUCAUGGCCUACAGUAUCUAUCGUCAAGGGGGUGACGUACGUCCUGGCCGACUUGACCGAGACGCCCGAAGUCUUCGGUAAGAUCAGCGCCGGGGAAAGUCCGCAGGUCGAGCUCGACGAGGGCUGGAGCCCUUCGUUUGUCGGGACCAUGUAUUACCGGACUCUGGGGUUGCGUAUCGAGACGGAGACUGAUACGAAGAUUUGGGAGCUCCGGGUGCGCAUGAUUGCGAUUAAUGUCGAGGAUCCUGCUUGUGGUAGCGGGUCGUGUUCCCUGGCUGCGUACCUGGCUUUGCAGGAGGGCGCAGGAAGCCGUAAGCACCGGUUCUUGAUCGAUCAGGGGUCUGAGAUUGGGCGUGAUAGUCACAUCGUUGUGGAUGUUGAGCUGACGGAGGAUAGGAGAAGGGUUUCGAGUGUUAAGUUGGCGGGUCCUGCUGCUUUUGUGGCGGAGGGGAAGAUAUUUGUGGAUUAG